CCUUUAUAACACACCUAUAUAAAAAAAAACACAUCAUUGUGAUUUUCGAAGAAUGACAUUUAAAAAUUUGUAGUUUAUUACAAAAAUCUAAAAUAAGGGAAAUAUUUGCACGCGAAUAAUUCGUAUAUUAUAAAGUAAAGAAAAAUAACGGUGAAUUUAAUUGAAAUUUAGUGUUCUCGAAGGAAAUUUAUUAUUAUUAUUUUAUAUGGAUUUUGUGUGAAUUUUUAUAUAAAAGAUAAAAGGCAAAGUUAUGGACGUCGAUAAUGAAUUGGAUCAAAAUCUGCUUCACCAAUUUAGUUGUCUUGGCACAACAGACAAAGACGACCUGGUGAAGCAACUACAGAGAUUACUUGCUGGUAGUCAUCUCAAUGAAGCGACUGCAACAUUUUUCUUGGACAUGAAUAACUGGAAUUUGCAAGCAGCGAUUUGCAGUUAUUUGGAUUAUGAAGUGCCCAAUAAAUUACCGUGUAUGUCAUUGUUGUGUGAUUCAACAAUUGGCGAGGGCGAAUCAGUGCCGCCGAACACAAAAUUCCGAAAGUCAUGGCGCAUACAAAAUAGCGGUACCGAAACGUGGCCCGAGGGAAUUUGUUUACAUCAUACGGGCGGCGCUGUUAUGGGCUGCACCAGUGUACCUGUUCCUGCAUUAGCAUCGAAAGAUGAUAUGGAACUUAGCGUAACAUUAACGAGUCCCAAUGAAGUUGGCCUGUUUCAGAGUAAAUGGAGAAUGAUGACAACUAACGGUUGUUAUUUUGGGGAUGUAAUAUGGGUGAUAAUAACAGUCAGUGAAAGCGGAACUUUGGCUGUAACUCAGCUGCUGCAUCAAUUAAGUACUUCAGCCAAUGAUGCCCAGAUGUGCUAGCCUUCGUUUUUAUCGACAACAUGCCAUUUGCUCUCUGUUCUCUUUUUUCUUUUUCAAUAGCAGAGAAUUCAAUUCUCUCAUUUCUCUCUUCUCUCUUUUUUGUUUUUUUAAUCGCGAAGAAAAAAAAAUCAUCAGAAAAUUAUAAAUUUUUAAAUUAUUGAAGGAGAGAAAAACGAAAAAAAAAAAUUAUUCGAGUCUUAAUCGUAUAUAUUAAAGUCUAAAAACAAAUUAGAACGAAAAAAUAAAUAAUUAAAUUAUUUAAAUCGAAAAAGAAUUAGAUCUUUUUUUUAAUCGAAAAAAUUAAUUAAAAAAUUAAUCUACAGCAUAAGUACGUUGUCGAAGCUACGCUUCUUCCAGUUGUUUAAAUUUUAACAGAAAAGCAAAAAACAAAAAAAAUUCCUGUAAUCUAGAUAUAACGUCACGAAUUCCGCUCAAAUUAUGUUAAACGUAGUUUUUCUUUACCCCCCCCCCCAAUUUGCCCCCCAAACAAAACCCCUUAAUUAUUGUAAUCACAACGAUAUUGAAAAGGGGAUAUUUCUUAAUAAGCGGUUUUCAUAUAAGGAACAAAAAUAAAUGAAUAAAGUAAAAGUAAAAUAAAAUAAACUAAAAUAAUAAUAAUAAAGCAUAAAAGAAACAAACGGCCUUGAAACAUCGAGUGUAUAUACACAGAGUUUCUUAUACAAGAAUGUAUUAUUUCGAAUUAUGAUAAUUAUUAUUAUUUUUCACAAAAAAAAGGAAAAUUCCUUCAAUGAAAAAAAAUUUUUUUUUUUGAAGGUAAAAAAAAGGAAAUUUAUCGAAUAGAAAUUAAUUAGAUGAUAGAAAGUAUAAAAGGAUUGAAAAAAAACAAAUAUGUAAUUUGUUUAGUCAGAUUUUAUGAUUGUUUUAAAAGAAAAAAAAAUUUAAUUUGAUAAAAAAUGCAAAU